CGCUUUCGACACAGUCUCCUCAUCUCUCCCUCCCUUUCGCUGGAGACGAAGGGAGAGAUUUUAUGUAAAAGGGGGGGGGGAGUGAGAGUUUGAGAGUUACAAUGCUGGGGAAAGGACUGCAUCACUGCUUCUCUCGCCUGAAGCGCCCUUCCCACUCUGCUCCUCCCCCAAUCCCCAACUCCGAAUACACCCCUUCCACCUCCGCCUCCGCCUCCUCCGCCUCCUCCGCCUCCGUCGUCUUCAAGAACUUCAACUCCCUCUACGACCCCACCGCCUCCUCCGACUCCGAAACCCUAACCCUAACCCUGACCACGCUUUCCUCCGCCACCGCCACCGCCACCGCCACCGCGGCCUCAUCAUCAUCAUCGUCCUCCCUCUCCCUCUCCCUCUCGCUCUCCGCCGCCGCCGAGGAGGGCCCGGCCCCCGCCCAUUCCCCGUCGCCGUCCCCCUCGGAGCGCGACCUCUCCACGGCGAUCGCCUCGCGCCGCUUCUUCCCGGCGUCCCCCGGGCGGUCGAAGUCGAUCGUGGACUCGGCGGCCGUGGCCGUGGUCGGGGUCGGGACGGGGGUGGCGGUGCCGACCUACUCGCCGGAUCCGUACGGGGACUUCCGGCGCUCGAUGGAGGAGAUGGUGGCGGCGCUGGGGCUCGACGCGGCGGCGCGCCGCACCCACCUCCACGAGCUCCUCCUCUGCUACCUCGCCCUCAACAGCAAGCGCACCCACAAGUACAUCAUCGGCGCCUUCGCCGACCUCCUCCUCGGCCUCGCCCCCGCCGCCGCCGCCUCCGAGGAGUGCCUCGGUUAGGGUUCGCAGCGAUGUAGGCUUGUUUUGCGCCGCCGCGGCGGUAAGCCGGUAACCGGUGAGGAAAAGGGCACAAAAGUGGUUUUUUGGACGUUGUUUGCCGGACGGAUAUAUGUGACAGUGCCUUUUUGUACUAAAUUAAUAAAUGUGUUAGUACGUAAAUACAUAUUGCCAUCUUUAAUACACUCGAAAUGGGUCAUCUCUUUUUUUCUUUCUGUUUCCUUAACUUAUUUAUUUAUUUAUUUUUAUCUAA